AUGUAUGCCGUUGUUGAUGUUAAUAGAAAUUGCUUUUGCUUGAAGCGACGCCAGGAUGAUGAUACUUCGUCUUUAUCCAUUCAUUUUUCCCGAGUUUCGAUUGAUAAAUGCAUGGAUAGUGAUGUCCUAUCUUCCCAACUUAUGGGGAAGUCUCAGGGCGCUAUGUUGGUAAUAGUGGAAAUCAUGCCUGACCAUAAAGAACAACAACUCCAACUUUUAUUCCUAAAUGCCAAACGUUUACGUGAUGGAAGAAGGAAACAUUCAACGAGCUGUAAUGUACAAGCAUUUGAAAUUGUUUUGAAAAGGCCAACUAGAAAACGUGUUUUCAGUGACAAAGGCAACAAAUCUUAA